AUGUCUGAAUCCAAACAAUGGCCAGAUUUAGUCGGAAAAUCAUUCGAUGAAGCAUCGAAAACAAUAACUGCAUACAAAAGUGAUUUAAAUCCUUAUAAUGCAAAAAAUGGUGUCCAAGAUAGAAUGUUUGAUCCACAACGUGUUGUACUUGUUACAGAUGAUAAUGAUAUUGUAAAAGAAGUACCAAGUUAUACUGCUCAAGAAUAA